AUGGGUCGAUAUGUGCUUCCGAAACAUAUUAAAGAGUUGCGAUUUCAUUUAUGUCAAAUAAGUGAAGAAAGUAAAAAUACAAGAUUAUUCAUUAGAAAAGCAUAUCCAAUAUUGAAAAAGAAUAAUCCAUAUAUUCCAGUUCUAAUUCGAGAAGCAUUGGGUGUUUCGCCGAUGUUAUGGGUUCGAUAUGAGUAUGGAAAAGAAGAAAAUCUUUCAUUAGAGGGAUUAUCAGUGAAGGAAUGCAAAGAACGAGUAAAUUCGCUUUUGUUUGGUACUUAG